AAGAGCCUCUCUUAUUUGACUGCAACGGUGAAGCAAUCUUGUUUCUCACCGAAAGCUUGUGGCUUGCAUGUGUUGUUGCUGCCUUGGAGCACUAAGCACAGGAUUUGUGGAGUCAACAACGCAUUUUCGCAACCAAAGUUUAUUACAAAAGAUAACUAGUUUAAGUAAAGUUCUUGUUGUUAGACUAUUAUAUUAAGGUGGUUAAUAACACUAUCAUGUAUAAACAUAACGCCUUUUAGCCAACUUGAAAAAAAACCUUAAAUCUCUGAGAGUUCAAACACAUGUUAACAAAUCCCUAUAACCACCGAAUAACAUGUACUAGUCUAAUGUUUAAGAAUUAGAAUUAUUCUUACAAAAUGUUAAGAAUGGCACAAGGGAUGUGUGUGUAAUGAGAUAAAAAUAUCAAUCUUUAGAGGACAUGUGUAAUGUAAUAUAUGGGUACACCGUACACUACAAGUUACGAGGUACGUGUAAGAAGUACAUGGCUACUUGUCUCGAAUAGUAGACGUGUCGUGUCUUUCAGGAUUAUCUCAGACCCUUUUUGGAUAAACAUAUUGUCUUUCUUUUGGAUAUAUACAAUGUUUGUUAACACUGUACUUGAUUCAAUACAAAACAUAGUCCAUUUAUUUAUUCAGUGCUUUGGCUGGAUAAAGAGGUUACUUUAACCAGGUGUAUAAUGACACCGCCAUAAGGAAAAAAUGGAAGAGGGAUUACCAGAAGCAGACAACCUCUCACGUAUCAAACAAAAAACAGAAGAAGAGGAAGAGAAGGGAGCUAAUGGUUAUGGUGGGGUUUUGAACAAUCUGAUAUCCAACUUGAUUGGUACAACAACAACAACAGUAAACGACAAAUCUGGUGAAAACAUGCCAAAAUCUGAAUGUGAAGAUGAAGAUCAUGAGAAGAAGAAAGAGAGUUCAGGUGCUGGAAUCUUGGAAAAUAUUAUUUCUCAUCUGCCAGACGAUAUUGAAGUUCCAACGACAGGGGAAGCAUCCAUGCUGAUCCACUCUGUGAUUGACUGAAGAAGACUUCAACCACACGUCAUUUCCAUCGUCUCUGUUGCUAGGACUUGUGAUUUUUGUGCUUCUCAGUUCUCUUAGAGAAACUCUUUGUUUUGUUUUUUUUUGGCUUCUUUGUGAAUUUGAAAUCUUCUCCAGAGUCCAGGCUAAACUUGAAUCCAUCAUGCACUUCUCUUGUCUAUUUUUCAGCUCUUCAAUCAAAAACAAAUAAAUAACUCUUUUUUAAUUUUGACGUCAACAAAUAAAUAACUUUUAGUUAAAUAAAUCUAUCUAUAAAUGUUGUGAAGGCAACAAAAAAAUCAAGUUAAAACAUGGAACAAAGAAACGUGAGAGUAAAAA